AUGGAGAAAAGAUCAGAGAAGAAAAGGAUAGUGUUGGUUCCACUUCCAUUACAAGGACAUAUAACUCCAAUGAUGCAGCUUGGUCAAGCCCUUAACUUGAAGGGCUUCUCAAUUACAGUUGCUCAGGGUGAAUUUGAUCAAGUGUGCUCUUCACAACACUUCCCAGGUUUUCAAUUUGUCACCAUACCAGAGAGCAUACCGGUGUCUCAACUCGAGAGAUUCGGACCAGUCGAGUUUCUGAUAAAGCUCAACAAAACCAGCGAGGCAAGCUUCAAGGACUGUAUAGCUCAAUUGUUGCUACAACAAGGCAAUGAUAUUGCUUGUAUCAUCUACGAUGAUCUCAUGUACUUCUGUGGAGCUGCAGCUAAGGAAUUCAACCUUCAAAGUAUUAUCUUCAGCACUACAAGUGCUUCACAUAAAGUUUGCAUCACUGUUUUAAGCAAACUCGAUGCUGAGAAGUUCUUGAUCGACAUGGAAGAUCAUAAAGUGCAAGAUAUGGUGGUGGAAAAUUUGCAUCCAGUAAGAUAUAAAGACCUACCAACUUCAGGGAUGGAGCCACUAGAGCGAUUUAUCGACCUUUGUACGGAAAAAUCAAACAAAAGAACAGCUUUUGCUCUUAUCGUCAACACGGUGACCUGUCUAGAGAGCUCGUCUGUGACACGGCUACAGAAAGAACUCGGAAUUGCAGUGUACCCAUUAGGCCCUCUUCACAUUGCAUCGUCUAUAAAUUCUAGUUUACUAGAAGAGGACAUGAGCUGCAUUGAAUGGCUGAACAAGCAGAAAGCAAGGUCAGUCAUAUACAUAAGCUUGGGAAGCAUAGUUCUAAUGGAAAGCAAGGAAGUUUUGGAGAUGGCCUGGGGGUUGUGUAAUAGCAACCAACCUUUUUUAUGGGUCAUCCGACCAGGCUCUGUCCUUGGCUCAGAAGGAAUAGAGUCACUGCCAGAGAAAGUGAGUAAGAUGGUUUCAGAAAGAGGAUACAUUAUGAAGCAGGCACCGCAAAUUGAAGUACUUGGACAUCCUGCAGUGGGAGGCUUUUGGAGUCACUGUGGAUGGAACUCGAUACUGGAAAGCAUUGUCGGAGGAGUCCCAAUGAUUUGCAGACCUUUUAAGGGUGAGCAGAAGUUAAACGCAAUGUAUAUAGAAAGUGUUUGGAGAAUAGGGUUUAAGGUGGAAGGUGAGGUGGAAAGAGGAGUCGUCGAGAGAGCUGUGAAGAGGUUGAUUGUGGACGAAAAGGGUGUAGGCAUGAGGGAGAGAGUACUUGUUCUGAAAGAGAAGAUCGAAGCUUCUGUUAAAAGUGGAGGGUCCUCAUACAAUGCAUUGGAUGAACUUGUCAAGCACUUGAAGGCAGAGUAG